UGCAGUUUGAGAGUAUAAAAGCAGCUGAAAACCACUUUAACUUUACCUUCACUGCCUGCCACCAUGUCUUUCUCUGGAAAGUACCAGCUUGAGUCCCAGGAGAACUUUGAGCCUUUCAUGAAGGCUAUUGGUCUUCCUGAUGACCUUAUCCAGAAAGGAAAAGACCUCAAGAGCAUCUCUGAAAUUGAGCAGGAUGGUGACAACUUCAAAGUGACGGUCACAACUGGAGGCAAAGUAAUCGUCAACACCUUCACUAUCGGGCAGGAGACUGAGUUGGACUCGAUCACUGGAGAGAAGAUCAAGGGGGUGGUUCAGCGGGAAGGCAACAAGUUGAAGGUCUCAAUGGAGGGAAUUGAGUCUGUCACUGAAUGGGUGGAUGAGGACACAAUCGUCAAUACGAUGACUGUGGGGGACAUCGUGUACAAGAGGAUCAGCAAACGCGUGUAA